CCAAUGGCGGAUCAAACAUGCUCGGUCUCUAACCUCUCAGCUCUUCUCUCCACCGGCGGAUCGACGAACUCCACGGCGGCGGCGCAGUACAUCUGUUCGCAGUUACAGACUGCAGUGCUGACUACCGCGGACAUAACCACUGCGGUGGACAUGACCUUCCUUCUCUUCUCAACCUAUCUCGUCUUCGCCAUGCAGCUUGGCUUUGCGAUGCUCUGUGCAGGAUCAGUUCGCGCCAAGAAUACUUUAAACAUCAUGCUCACCAACAUCCUCGAUGCUGCCGCCGGAGCCCUUUUCUACUACCUCUUCGGUUUCGCAUUCGCCUUCGGAUCCCCAUCGAACGGAUUCAUUGGCCACCAUUUCUUCGCCCUCAAAUCCGUCCCCUCCCCUGGUUUUGAUUACCCCUAUUUCCUUUUCCAAUGGGCCUUUGCGAUAGCGGCCGCUGGCAUCACAUCCGGAUCCAUUGCCGAGCGUACCCAAUUCGUGUCGUACCUGAUCUACUCCUCUUUCCUCACCGGCUUCGUCUACCCUAUCGUCUCCCACUGGUUUUGGUCCGCAGACGGCUGGGCCGCAGCGAACCGCAAUCCUGGUGAUUCUCUUCUAUUCGGCUCCGGCGUGAUCGAUUUCGCGGGAUCCGGGGUAGUACACAUGGUUGGCGGCAUCGCCGGUCUCUGGGCUGCGCUAAUCGAAGGUCCCCGCAUCGGUCGGUUCGAUCACAACGGCCGAUCCGUCCCCCUCCGCGGCCACAGCGCCACUCUCAUCGUCCUCGGCUCGUUCAUGCUCUGGUUCGGUUGGUACGGCUUCAAUCCCGGUUCCUUCAUCACUAUUGCCAAAUCGUACGGCCCGAUCGGUUCUCUAGUUCACGGACAAUGGUCCGCCAUCGGCCGCACGGCCGUCACCACCACCAUCGCCGGCUGCACGUCCGCUCUCACCACUCUGUUCGCCAAACGGUUUCAAACAGGGCACUGGAACGUGAUCGAUGUUUGUAACGGGUUGCUCGGCGGUUUUGCAGCAAUCACCGCCGGGUGUGCAGUGGUUGAACGGGGGGCCGCCGUAAUCUGCGGCUUCGUGGCGGCAUGGGUUCUCAUCGGAUUCAAUCUUCUUGCCGCGAGAUUCCAGUACGAUGAUCCCCUCGAGGCCGCUCAACUUCACGGCGGAUGCGGUUCGUGGGGGGUUCUCUUCGCGGGGCUAUUUGCCAAGAAGGAUUUUGUGGAGGAAGCGUAUCCGGGGAGGCCGGGGAGGCCGUACGGGCUGUUCAUGGGCGGCGGAGGAAGGCUUCUUGCGGCGAACGUUGUGCAGAUGUUGGUGAUUACUGGAUGGGUGAGCGUGACGAUGGGUACUCUGUUCUAUGUGCUGCAUAGGAUGGGGUUGCUCAGAAUCUCAGCGGAGGACGAGUUGGCCGGACUGGAUGUUACGAACCACGGCGGCGCAGCUUAUGUUUACUGCGAGGAGGAAUCGGCCGGCGGUGGAAGCCAUGGGGGGUUCAUGAUGAAGGCGACUAAUUCGCGGGUGGAUCCGCGACUCACUCCAUUGUCUCCCAAUGAGAUUUAGCGAUGCCGCCUCAGUAUGGUAUGUAUCUUGUGGUCUGUAUAUAACUGUAGUAUAGUAUGGAGAAUAUGGCGCCGGAUGAGUUUUCUAAUUUGGUUUAGGGUUUUAACAACUUGUUAAACGUAAGAUGUCAGCAAGAUAAGUGCUUUAUUUUGUUAUUGACAUGCGAGAAGGUGUGAGCUGCUGCCAUGGAUUACCUAAUCAAAUGAAUUAAA